GAUUUCAAUAAAAAAGGCUCGAGCGGUCAGAAGCCGCUUCAGUGUGUCUGCUCUCUGUCUGUGUCCGCCGCUCCGCAAUAAACCUGCUGCUGCUGCUGCUUCUCUUUUUAACCGACUUUUAAUCGGUUAACGUGUCUUUUAUUCGUGUGUCCGCGUGAAGGGAGGAAAUCAAAAUGCUUUCUGCUCGCUCUCCUCUUUCCGUCAAGGAUGAAAACGGCGUCAUCAGUCAGGUCAACAACAUGUCGCUGGACAAAGAAAACACGCCUCCGAGUCUGAACACGACCCGGAUCUUGGCGUCUAAAACCGCGCGGAAAAUCUUCGACGACGCUGCGCCCAAAGCAGUGAAGAAGAGCAGCAGCAGGGAGAAAGAGGAGGAGCCUCUGCUGAAGGAAAACCCUCGUCGCUUUGUCAUCUUCCCCAUCCAGUACCACGACAUCUGGCAGAUGUACAAGAAGGCUGAGGCGUCUUUCUGGACCGCUGAGGAG